UCUGGGGGCUAUUUUGGUCCCGAGUCUCCGUGCGACUCAACCCGUCGUGGGGUAGAGAGCGGGGACGUGCGUCUGAGAGCUGCCACCAAACAAGCCUCUCUCUCUUCCUCACUCCUCCACGUCCGGCAUCGUCGCGGGCGAAUUCAAGGCACUGCAAAGAGAGCGGAGUUCACGGGGAGGCCACAUGUCGCUGCAUCUCCUGCAGAAGACGGGCUACGAUGCCUCCCUGCAUCACAGCUCGCAGGCUUACUCGGCUGCCGCGUCGCACCACAGCAAGUCCUCCUCAUCGCAGCUGGCACAGUCGUCGUUCGCGGCCCGGUCCAGCAACAAGUACACCGGACUGACCUCCUCCACCACGCUCAGCGAGAUCAAGGAAGAGGCGAAAGACGACUACGUCGCGAGGAAAUAUGGCGGAUACUCCUCGUACGGGCAGGCAGACGACUGCUACUGCAGCAGCGUCAUUCCAGUCUACCAUAGCAGGGGCGAGACCUUUGGCUUGCAGGAGCUGGAGGAUGAUCUCAUGAGGGACACGACGUCCUACCUGGCUCGCCGCUCCCUGCUGGCCCAAGGCUCCGAGACGGCGCAGCAAACCCUCCAGACGACACUGGACAGCACGCGCUACAAGGCGGAGCGCGUGGAGCUCGAGAGAAAGAUCCACCAGAGGGCUCAGUUCAAGCACCGCAUGAACGUGGACAGCAAGCUGCACGCGCCCGAGUUCGCCAUCAAGUUGCGCUCGCACACCGUUUGGGAGAGCAGCGGCGUGCAGUUCCGCAGCACGGUGCACGGCUGGCCCGAGCCCGUGGUCACCUGGUAUAAAAACAUGGUCCCCAUUGACGUCAACCUCAAGCCUGAGAAAUACCGAAUUGUCAACAAGUUCGGCGUUCACACCCUGGACAUAUACAACUGCGAGUUCGACGACACGGCGCAGUACAGCGCCACCGCGAUGAACGCCAAGGGCCAGAGCUCCACCGUGGCGUCGCUCGUGGUGAAGCGUUUCAAGGGCGAAUUGAGAGAUGACAUGUUUCCUCUUGGAAAACUUUUGCCGUUUGACAUGGCGGAGUUCCUGGCAGCCUCCUCCAAGCUGAGCUUGCACCUGGUGGACCCGUUCAACGUGUCCUUCGGCACUGAGGGCGACACCCUGAGCCUGGGCACCACCGUGGUGCUGCACCCUCCCGUCAAGGGCUACACGCCCGACGUGCAGUGGCUACGCAAUCAUGUUCCGCUGGUGGAUUCCAAAUGGCUGAAGGUGACUUUUAACGAGGGCCGGGCGACGCUGACGCUGCCCCACGUCAACAAGGAGGACGAGGGCCUCUACACGGUCCGCGUCACGGCCGGCCGCCAGUUUCAGGAGCACAGCGCCUACUUAUUCGUGAGAGAUGGGGAGAUGGUGGGCUACCCCGGCUCCCCUCUCGACGUGGAGUGCCUGGAGGUGAACAAGGACUACAUCAUCAUCACCUGGAAGCAGCCGAGCGCCGACGGCGGCAGCGCCAUCAUCGGCUUCUUCAUCGACAAGCGGGAGGUGGGCACCGACCUCUGGCUGCAGUGCAACGACACGCCGGUGAAGUUUGCCCGCUACCCCGUGACGGGGCUGGUGGAGGGCCGCUCCUACCAGUUCCGCGUGCGCGGGGUCAACGCCUCGGGCAUCGGCCGGCCUUCGCGCGCCUCCAUCCCCACGGCAGCUCUGGACCCGCUGGACCGUGCGCGCAUGAAAGGAGGACCCAUCGCUCCAUGGACUGGACAGAUUAUUGUGACAGAGGAGGAGCCAGAUGAGGGCCGCAUCCCGGGACCCCCGACGGAGCUCUCCAUCACGGAGGCCACCAGGAACUACAUCGUGCUGUCGUGGAAGCCGCCGGUCAUGCGAGGCAGCGAGGGCAUCAUGUACUACAUCGAAAAGUCGACGGGCGGGGAGGACAACUGGCACCGCAUCAACGACGAGUUGCCCCUCAAGUCCCCGCGCUUCGCGCUCUUCGACGUGGUCGUGGGCCAGGCGUACGCCUUCCGCGUGCGCACGUGCAACUCCAGCGGCAUCAGCGAGCCCUCGGAGACCACUCACCACAUCACCGUGGGGGACAAGCUCGAAAUCCCGUCGCCGCCCAGCGACGUGGUCUGCAGUCGGAACACCCGGAGCUCGGUGGUCGUGUCGUGGAAGGAGUCGCCGACUGCGGACGUCGUUGGGUACUACAUCGACUCCAAGCUGCAGGGCACGGACACGUGGGUGCCGUGCAACAACAAACCCGUCACAGGCACCAGGUUCACGGUGCACGGGCUGGUGGAGGGGGAGACGUACACGCUGCGCGUCAAGGCCGUGAACGCCGCCGACGUGAGCGCACCAUCGCCCGAGUCCGAGCCCAUCAUGGUCCGUGCCACCAUCAGCCACCCGUCGGCUCCCUACGCGCUCGCCAUCCUGGAGAGCGUGAAGGACUCCAUCGUGCUCGAGUGGAAGGCGCCCAAGUUCUCGGGCGAGACGCCCAUCACGGGCUACUACGUCGACUACUACCACGUGCACGAGGACGGGUCCGGGACCUGGCACGAGGCCAACGUCCGCGCCGUCGGCGAGCGCAUGUACAGGGUGACCGAGCUGAAGGAAAACCUCGUGUACAAGUUCCGAGUGCGAGCUGGCAACAAGGCUGGCGUGGGGCCAGCUUCCGACUCCAGCGAAAGCAUCAAGUGCGAGGAAUGGACAUUGGCAGUGCCAGGGCCGCCGCACGAUCUGCGGGUCACGGAGGUGCGCAAGGACUCGCUGGUGCUGCUGUGGGACGAGCCCGUCUACACCGGGCGCACCGCCGUCACCGGCUACUACGCCGACCUGUGCAUGGCCGGCGUCGCCGACGACAGCCUGCAGUGGAAGGGCGUCAACGAGAAGGCCACCGGCAACAAGUUCAUCAAGGUGACCGGCUUGGUGGAAGGAACGACGUACGUGUUCAGGGUCAGGGCCGAGAACAUCACCGGAGUGGGCCGAUGCUCCGAGGUCACGGACGCCGUUUUGGCGGAGACGCGUCCCGGCACGAAGGAAGUGGUGGUGAACGUGGACGACGACGGCGUCGUCUACCUGGAGUUCGAGUGCGACAAGCUGAGCCCGACGUCCGAGUUCAUCUGGUCCAAGAAUUACGAAGACAUUGGCGAUGGGGAUAAGACGAGGGUCGCCGUGGAGACCAAAGGAAACAAAACGAAGCUCAUGUUUAAAUCUCCUGACCUGGAAGACCUGGGAGUGUAUUCCUGUCUCGUCACGGACACCGAUGGGGUGUCUUCAAGCUACACGCUGGAUGAGGACGAGCUGAAGAGGCUUCUUGAGCUCAGCUAUGACCACAAGAAUCCAGUUGUGCCGCUGCUGACGACGCUGCAAACGGAGGUUCUGGAGCAGGGCCAGGUGCGCUUCUGGCUCCAGGCUGAGAAGCUCAGCCCUGCGGGACAGGCGCACUUCAUCGUCAACGACAAGGAAGUCGCUGCCGGAGGGAAGUACAAGAUAAACUGCGACAAGGGGACGGGAAUCGUGGAAAUGAUCAUGGAAGACUUCUCGGCGGCGGACGAGGGGACGUACACCGUGCUGCUGCAAGACGGCAAGGCCAAGAACCAGUCGAGCCUGGUUGUCAUCGGCGACGAUUUCAAAGACCUGCUGAAGCAGUCAGAGUUCGCAAGAAGGGAGUAUCUCCGAAAACAAGGGCCUCACUUUGUGGACUUUUUGGCCUGGGAAGUUACGGAGGACUGUAAUGUCAACCUAAUUUGCAAGGUUGCAAAUGUCAAGAAGGAGACCAACAUCGUGUGGUACAAAGACGAACGUGAGCUGCAGGAAGAGACGGACUUUGAGGCGCAGAGUGGGGUGUGCAAGCUUCAAAUCACGCAGAUGGCUAAGAAGGAUGCCGGCGUCUACAAGGUGGUCAUCUGGGACGACCGCGGCAAAGAUAAAACCACGCUCAUUCUCACGGACUCAGUUUAUGACCAGAUAAUUCACGCGAUCUGCAAAAUCGCCGCUGAAUCUGCAUCCGACCUUAAACUGCAAAGCACUGCUGAAGGAAUCAAAAUCUAUACCUUUGUCAAGUAUUACCCUGAGGACCUCAAGGUGUCGUGGUGUCACAAGGACGCCAAGUUGGCCUCCACAGACCGCGUGCGCAGCGGCGUGAUGAUCGAUCAGCUGUGGCUACACAUCAACGAGCCGGCCGAGAAGGACAAGGGGAAGUACACGGUGGAGCUCUUCGAUGGCCAGGAAACGCACAGGAGGGCGCUCGACCUGUCCGGCCAAGCAUUUGAUGAUGCAUAUGCCGAAUUCCAGAGACUGAAGCAAGCAGCCAUUGCAGAAAAGAAUCGUGCAAGGGUGGUGGGAGGCCUGCCAGAUGUGGUCACAGUGCAGCAGGGAAAGACGCUGAACCUGACGUGCAAUGUGUCGGGCGACCCGACGCCCGAGGUGAGCUGGCUGCGGAACGAGCACCCCGUCGACUCGGACAACCACCUGGUGCUCAAGUUCGAGGCGGGCAAGUUCGCCAGCUUCACGGUCAACGGCGUGACCACGAGCGACUCGGGGCGCUACAGCAUCGUCGUGCGCAACAAGUACGGCACGGAGACGGGCGACUUCACCGUCAGCGUCUUCAAACCGCAGGAGGGCGAAGAGGAGGAGGAGGAGGGCGCGGCCGACGGAGUUCACGACAAGCACGCCGGCAAGGACGAGGCGGCGAAGAAGACGACAAAGGCCAAGUAGACGUUAUGCACCGUGGGGGGCGGAGGGAUCUAAAUUGGAUGUUGCUCGACGGUGGAAUGUUUUAAGAAAGCUCUGUGAUGUGUAAUCGGGUUGUUCGGUGUGAAGUUCAACGUUCUGCUCCACACGCUCGGAGCUUUUUCAGGAACUGAAGAGCAUCAUCUUGCUCUACAUGAAGCUGUCGAGAGAUUUUGACCAAAGAAAAACUGAAAAGCUUCCUGAUGAAGCUGCUAGCACGUAGAGCGGAACGUUGGACACCGCGCUGAACAGCGCGCGGUACCACCACAGAACACAUCACAGCACAACCUACAGAAUUAUAUGUUUUUAAGAAAUCUUGUGUGGAAGGGAUUUGGUUGUGAUAAGCUGCAUGGUUUAACACUUUGUAAUUUCAGAUUUAGAUGGUUUGUUGUGGGAGCCUCAGAGGAUAACCUUUGUUUUCAAUCAAUACAACCAUGUUUCAACAACAGCACAAUAAUGUAAUAAUCCUGUUGAGUCGCACUUUAAUUUUUUGGGUAAUGAGUUAAUGAUUUUGUUUGGCACUGGCUUCGCUAUUUCGAACACUUUGGCUCCAAUGCAUAAAGGUGCACAUUUGUGUCCAGUCGCUAACCCAUUAAGUGGCCACAACAUUGUUUAACCAGCGAAAUACCUUCAGGUAUCUUGUGCCACACUGCUCAUAAGUUACACACAUUAUUUACUCUUCAUCUUGUCCCUUAUCACCAUCUCAAUAAAAUAAACGCAAUUUAACACGUG